GGAAUUAUCGCCAUCGAUGGUCAAUGCAUCGGUUUAUUUUUAUCAUCACUAAGUCACUGUAAGAUCGACAUAAACAACGACUUUGAACGAUUAUUUUUUUUUGCAAAUUUUGUUGUUCGUUAAGUGUGUGUAUAUUUAAUAGACUAGUCGAGAAUUAAUAGCAAAGUGCUAAACAUGGAUGCGGAAAGCGUUCCAAACAGCGAAACAGGACAAACACCUGAAACUCCUGAUGAUGCGACCGGCGAUGUUGAAGCCAACAAAAUGGCGUCGUCUGCGGUGGCAACUGUUGAGCACGAGUUAAAAAUUAUGGAAGUUGAAGGUGCUGUUUCUCUGCCCCAGCAAGUGGAUGAUAUGGAUAUAGAAGCUGACAAUGUACCGACAGACAUGGAGUCUGAAAAUGCAGGCACUGAGCCAGUUGCAGAGGAUGCCGCGAAUAUAAGUACUCAUGAAUCUAAUGAUCCUAUGGGCUUGCUGCAGCGCAUAGAUUCCAACCAUGAGGAUAAUGAGGAUGACGACGAUGAUGAUGAUGACGAUGACAGUGAUGACGAUGCCAGUAGCGCCUCUGGCUCUAGCGUGCGACGCCCAACAAGUGCCAAGCGCUGGCUUAUAUGGAUGCGACGUUGGCCCUGGCUCCUGCACGAAGAAAGCGAUGGCGACUGCGCAUUUUGUCUUUAUUGCAACAUUUUUAUCAAUGUGAACCACAUGCACAAGGUCAUAAAACAACAUAAUUUGUCCCUCUAUCACCAAGAUCGUGAGAAUAAUUAUGUGGCGUUUGUAGGCAGCGAUGAGCAGAUACGCAGCCGAAAAGAGUUGAAGCACGAGUUUGGCACCGAUAGCUAUGUGGCAGCUAUGAAACAGAAGCGCACCAACGAGGUUGAAGCGUUAAACAAUUUUAAUUGGCUGCGCUGGCUUAACUGUCAUACCUGGCUAGAACGUUUUCAAGCAGCGGGAACCGUUGGAUUGUGUCGUGUCUGCAACGUUCGCAUGAACGUAGAAUUUGCCUACCUGCGCAAAAGGCAUGAGUCGAGCAAGGUACACUUGGAAGCGGCUAAACAGUACGAAAAGCCUUUAGCGCGUAAACGCAAGCGCAGUAGUGAUAUCAUGCCAGUGGAUUAUAUUAAGGAGGAGCCGCUCGACAGUUCCGCGGAAGACAGCCGCGACCCUAGCGAAUGGGUUGAGCUUAUACCUGAUACAGUGCCGCAACAAUGCCGCUGCACGCUCUGUAAUUGCUUCAUGUUUGUCACCAGCUUUGGACGGCAUCUGAAAACAAAGGUUCAUGCAAGCAAUCUUCAAACCUACCAGCAGCAGCUAAUCACAAAACAAUCUCGCGGCAUUUGGGAGCAAUACGCUGAACUACAUUCCUGGCUAGUUGCAGAUCCAGAGGAUCCAUCGAUGGCCUAUUGUAGUGUCUGCUGCAAGCGUUUCAUGUAUGGACAUUCCGAGAUUAAGCGCUGGAAUCACGAGCGCUCGGAGAAGCAUCAGGCGGCGCUAGAAGCUGCAACUUCGACGGCAGCAGAGGUUGCAACAGCUGGAGCAGCUGACAAUGAUAUUGACGAGUUGCAGAAAAGCGAACCGCCAGAAUCUGAGGAGCAAACCGACAGCGAUGACGGCAGCGACGAGGAUUAUGGGCGUGCCAAAAAGAAAUUAACAACAGCAAAGGGUCACCCAGCAGAGCUCUCCGCAGACGGUCAAAAAUCGCAGCCCUCUCUGCGUCAUUAUACAUGGAAGCGCCACAAAAAGGAAGGUGGACAUCUCUGCAAGAUCUGUCGAGUACGUUUUCAUAACAAAGCGAAUUUGAAGCGUCAUGAGCAAACGGCGCGUCACAAGAACUGGGUCAUUAUUUGUAAAGAGCGCAAGGCUCGACGUACAGCUCAGAGGGCAGGCCAGGGAGCAGCAGGUGCGGCUGAUGAAACCAACCAAGAUGAGCUCGUUGACGUGGAUGGGGUGGAGUCACCACUUGCUGCCACUAAAAAUGAUCAAUCGGACAAUUUGUCGCUAAAACCAGUGCCUGCCAGCAUGCAGGGCCGUGUGAUGGUGUGGAAGGAACGCUUUCCCUGGCUCUCCUAUAAGCGCAGCGAUACUCGUCAAAACUACGCCUGGUGCAAACUCUGUGAAACUUCCAUAUAUCUGCCCACCUACAAGUGUGCAUCCAAGCAUCAGCGUAGCUCACGUCACUUGAGUGCGCGUACUGAGCGCAGGCAGGCACAACAAGGAGCAAUGCAGGAAGGCAGUGCAGCCGCCUCAGUGAAUACAGCUACAGCUUUAACUGCUGGCGAGUCCAAAAGCAAAGCAGCCAUGGCUGCGUGGCAAGCGAAUUACAGCUGGCUAGAACCGGAUGCCACUGAUGAAAGCUACUGUCACUGCAAAAUCUGCGACACGAGAGUGUCGCUUAAGGUGCUCUUUGUGCGUCAGCAUGAUAAUUCACGCAAACAUGCCGAAAAUAUGUUGCGACAGAAGCCGACCACAACUGUUACUGCCUCAACUGAGGCAACUGGUAGCACUGGCUCAGGCAAUGAAAAAGAGACGCCUCCAGCAGUCGACAUGGAUGUUGAGCAAGAUAGUGAUGACGGGCUUAGCAUCAAAUCCGAGACUACCGUCGACCGCACAGACCGUGUGGCUAAGCGCUCGCCUCGUUUAAAUGAGAUUCACCGCAUCAUGCAAUCGUUGCGUGCAUCUUCGAGUAGCAAGCGGCACGAGCGUAACCAGCUGGACUGGUUCACGGAUAUAAUUUGUUCAUCACUGGAUAUUGCGUCGCGAUUGCGUACGCUGGAGCGUGACAGCAGCUUACAUGCCGCGGCAUCAGCAGCAGCGGCAAGUCAGGCUCAGCCAGCAGCAGCUGCACCGAAGGACACUUUGGAUUUAUUCUUCGAAAGCAUUACACAAACCAUGAAAACGCUGCCCGUCUAUUUGGUAGCCGAGGGCAAGGCUAAAAUUAUGCAGAUUGUUUGUGACUUGGAGUUGUGCCACAUGCGAGGCUCUGCAGCUGCGGCAGACGACACACAAGUCGAGCAGCCAAACCACACGCCUGAUGCGGCUGAUGCACAUGAUACCACACCCGAGUCCAUAGCAUCUAACAUUAGCAACAAACCUGUAAGUCAAUUAAAUCAGCCGCGUCGAGCAUCCGGUCUGAGCCCGCCAGGCAACGUUAAUGGCAACAGCAGGGAUGUGCCUCUAAACAUACGACGCAUACUGCCCGCUUCUGUCCAUGUUUAUCCCAAGCCGGAUAGUCCGGAAACAGUGCGAGCUGUGCCUAUUCAGAAAUUAACUGAAAGUACGCCAACGCAAAAUGAUAAAGUACGUCAGGGCGGUCACUCAACGCCCAUGAUGCAGGUGAAUGGCCAGCACAGGCGUUCGUCACAAUAUACUCCUGCUACGCCACCUAAUCCUCGUGUAGAUCCUAAUAGCAGUAGCGGUAGCGGCAGCUCCAAGUAUCGUAAAGUUACUUUACCGAAUGGUGACGCCGACAGAGUGACGUUACCAAAACCGCCACAGCAACAGCAGCAGCGCCCACAGCACCAACAGCGACAGCAUUCGUCACAGCAACAUGUGCGGCACUCACAACACCAACAACAGCAACGCCCACAAACGCAACAUCGCUCAAACUCAAACUGGACACAGGCGGAUACAAAUUAUAAUCGUGCCUCGACCGCUAAUAGAUGGUCGAACUUUUAAGCUUUUAUAAUUUGCCUACUUCU